AUGUUUGCCUCUGGUUUGCUAGCAAGGUUUAUGCAAUCUCCAACUCAAAUCCACUAUAACACAGCAAAAAGACUGCUAAGGUACAUCAAAGGUACCACUGAUCUUGGUUUGAAGUUUGAAGGGGGUAAGGAAGUGUGUUUGGAAGGUUUCCGUGAUAGUGAUUGGGCAGGAUCUUCUGAAGACAUGAAAAGCACCUCUGGUUUUGCCUUCUCACUGGGAUCUGUAAUCUUUUGUUGGAGUUCAAAGAAACAAAGCAUUGUAGCUCAGUCAACUGCUGAAGCUGAGUACAUUGCUGGUUCAGAAGCUGCCAACCAUGCUGUUUGGUUGAGGAAAAUCAUGGCAGAUUUGGGUUUUGAGCAAACAAAACCGACUGUCAUUUGGUGUGAUAAUCAGUCUGAUGUGGCCAUAACUAAAAAUCCAGUGUUCUAUGGAAGAACUAAGCACAUUAAAAUCAAGUAUCAUGUGCUUAGAGAGGCUGAAGCAGAAGGAUUGAUCUCUAUGAAACACUGCUCUACACAAGACCAGUCUGCUGACAUUUUUACCAAGGCACUGAGCAAACCAAGGUUUGAAGAUUUGAAAACCAUGGUUGGAAUGAUCAGUGGCAUUGGCAAGGAGGAGUGUUGCAAUAUGUCACUAGGUGGAUCACUCUCAACCUAUCUGUGCCUUGGAGCACAAGAAAUGAAGAGUGUUGCUGAAGAAACAGAGAAAACAGAGAAAGCUUGCAUGAAAGAGAUGAAGAUGAAGAUGGAACCAGCUGGAAGAUGUUUUGGACUGUCUGCAACUUUGGAUUGA